AUGACACAUCAUAUACUUCGGUUGACACUAAACGGGGAGCUACGAUGCGACCUUGGAGGGGACAUUUCCUCUCGGACACUUCGAUUUUAUCCACGCAAGGACCCUAGCAGGGGCUAUUCAAGAUUUGCCGGACUCCUAGGACAAUGCUUCAAAUAUCUUGAACCAGGCGGAAAAGUUGAAAUAUCUGAAGGACGGGCCAAUUUCUUUUGCGACGACGAUUCGCUGCCCGAGGACACGGCCACUUACAGGUGGCUCACUGAGUUCAGACUACCUGCAACGCCUCCGGGGUACGAUAUCGCCCCUCAAAUUCCUGAUAUGCUGAAGGAUGCGGGAUUUGUAGACGUUGCUUACACCCAAAAGGUUGUGCCUCUUGGGACUUGGCCCAAGGACCCUGCUCUUAAAGAGGUUGGUCAGUGGUUCCGCGUGCAAUUCCUUGGCAUGGCCCUUGAAGCCUACAGUCUUGCCCUGUUCACCAGAAUGGGAGGGUGGUCCAAUGAUGACGUGCGAGUUUUGUUCACAACGGCACGAGACGAGCUCAGAACCAACAGAAUACAUCUUUACACUUACACAGCCUUCAUCACUGGGACAAAACAUGUCGACGGAGUAUCAAGGCAAGACUUUGGCUCCGAUUCCUGCGUGGAGUGGCAAGCAAUGACGAAGCCUAUAGGGCUUCUUGAGUUGCCCAACCCUGUGGCAAUCACAUAUACAUACGAGACGGGCAUACUGACUACAUACCUCGAUGAAUGA